AUGGCAGAUAUUUGUGAGGGGACCCCUAACUUCAUCUCCCCAGCUGGAGAACAGGCCCUGGAACUGCCUCUGAGCAGCACAGUCUCUCUGAACUGCACAGCCUGGCUGGGACUUGGGCCCAACUGUACCCUGCCCUCAGUGCAGUGGCUAAAGGGGGGUCUGCCACUGGACGAUGGACUUUACUACAGCCCCCAAGAGGACCACUGGGCUAGGGCCAACCUGUCAGAGGUGCUUGUGUCCAGUGUCCUGAGGAUCAAUCUGACCAGUGCGCAGGACUAUGGAGCCUUCACCUGCUUGCUCCACAACGUCAGCUCCUCCUCUUUUGUGCUCCGGAGAGCAGGUCCGCCUGGCCACGUGGCUGCAGUGCUGGCCGCGCUUCUUGUCCUGCUGACGCUUCUUCUGGCCGCGCUGUUGUACAUAAAGUGCCGCCUCAGGCUGCUGCUCUGGUACAAGGACACCUACGGCGAGGUGGAGAUGAACGAUGGGAAGCUCUACGAUGCCUACGUGUCCUACAGUGACAGCCCCGAGGACCGCAAGUUCGUGAACUUCAUCCUCAAACCGCAGCUGGAGCGGCAUCGGGGCUACAAGCUCUUCUUGGAUGACCGUGAACUCCUGCCCCGCACAGAGCCCUCGGCCGACCUCCUGGUGAACCUGAGCCGCUGCCGCCGCCUCGUUGUGGUGCUGUCCGACGCCUUCCUGGGCCAGGCCUGGUGCAGCCACAGCUUCCGGGAGGGCCUGUGUCGGCUGCUGGAGCUGACGCGCAGACCCAUCUUCAUCACCUUCGAGGGCCAGAGGCAGGACCCCGCGCACCCCGCACUUCACCUGCUGCGCCAGCACCGCCACCUGGUGACACUGCUGCUCUGGAAGCCUGGCUCGGUGACGCCUUCUUCCGAUUUCUGGAAAGAGCUACAGUUGGCGCUCCCCCGGAAGGUGCACUACCGGGCAGGGGCGGGGGAUCCCCAGACACGGCUGCAGGAUGACAAGGACCCCAUGCUGAUCAUCCGAGGCAAUGCACCUGAGCCUCGGACUCUGGAUCCUGGACUUGACCCAGACCCGGAGGGAGACCUGGGUGUCCGAGGGCCAGUCUUUGGGGAGCCCUCAGUUCUGCCACAUGCCAGCAGAGUCACGCUGGGAGAGGCCCAGGGCAGCGAACUGGAUGUCUCAGACCUGGGCUCCCGGAACUACAGUGCACGCACAGACUUCUACUGCCUAGUGUCCGAGGAAGAUGUGUAG